GUCCCAACGAUAGCAAAUAUGACCUCAAAUCCUUAUACUAUACGAUGGGGGAUUCUAGCAACGGGAGGGAUAGCCCAAACCUUCACGAAAGACCUCCUCAUCGACCCAGCAACCCGCAACGCAACCGAUAUCCGCCACUCCGUCGUCGCCGCUGCUUCCUCUACAUCCUCCGACCGUGCCGCGCAAUUCCUUAAAGACUGCGGUGUUUCCUCUACUGCGAAGGCUUACGGAUCCUACAAAGAGCUCGUAAUAGACCCCGAUAUCGACAUCAUCUACAUCGCGACUCCGCACUCGCACCACUACCAGAACGCGCGCCUAUGUCUUGAAGCCGGAAAGAACGUCUUGUGUGAGAAAGCAUUCACGACGAACGCGGCGCAAGCGAAGAUACUUGUGCAGAUUGCUAAAGAGAAAGGGCUUUUUCUCAUGGAGGCGGUGUGGACGAGAUAUUUCCCCCUCGUGAGGGAACUACAGGCGAAAGUCCAAGAGGGUACGAUUGGGGACGUGAAGAGGGUAUUUGCAGAUCUCAGCUACAGGAAAGAUGUCGAGAAGGAGUUUGGGUCGGAACACCGGAUGGUGAACAUGGAUUUGGCGGGAGGUGUUUUGUUGGACUUGGGCAUUUAUAGCCUGACCUGGGUAUUCCAAUUCCUCUACCACCUCCAACCGCUGAGUCAACGCCAAGCUCCCAUCGUCGCGUCUUCCAUCACGAAGUAUGAGAAGACAGGGUGCGAUGAAAUGACAUCAAUCAUCUUGACAUUCCCCGCUACCAACACGCACGGCAUAGCCACAUCGAACAUCCGCCAGGUCUCCCACGACCCCGACUCCAAUGGCACCGCCGGCGCCCCCAUCCGUAUUCAGGGCACCCUCGGCGAGAUCCAAGUCACGGGCUUCUCCUUCCGGCCCACCACAUACACCCUAAUCCCAGCCUCCUCCGCGUCACAGGGCUCUCCAGCAAAGUUCAAACAAGAGACCAUCACUCAUGAGAUCCCCGGGCACGGCAUGUUCUGGGAAGCAGAUGAGUGCGCAAGGUGUUUAAGAGAUGGGAAGCAGGAGAGCGAGGGACUGGGGUGGGAAGAGAGUAUCGCGAUUAUGGAGACGAUGGAUGAGGUAAGGCGGCAGGGGGGAGUGAGGUAUCCGGAAAAGAUUGAGAGCACGGAGUAUCCCCUUGAGGGGUUUUAG